CUCUCUAUCUCUUUAGAAAAACCAGAGAAAGAGGGUUUUAGCAUAAACCCUUAGAAGAAGCAAAGCGAACAGCAAAUGGCUUUGACUAUGAGAGCGGCGGCGGCGGCAGCGGCGGGGCCCACUCGCGGCCUGAGACGGCUGUUCUCGACUAGCUUCGUUCCUCCGAUGAACUCUCCGGUGCCUAAUCCUCGACAGGAGGCUGAACCAAGCACCAACCUCUUCGUCUCUGGGCUUAACAAGCGUACUACCUCAGAAGGACUACACAAAGCCUUUGCUGCGUUUGGUGAAGUAGUUCAAGCUCGAGUGGUGACUGAUCGGGUUUCAGGAUUCUCCAAGGGAUUUGGUUUCGUAAGGUAUGCAACCUUAGAAGAUGCUGCCAAAGGCAAACAAGGCAUGGAUGGACAGUUUCUGGAUGGUUGGGUCAUAUUUGCUGAAUAUGCAAGGCCUAGAACACCUACUCCACCUCCUGAGAACAAUUCAACACAGUAUGGCCGUUACUGACUCCAGUAUUUAAAACUAUUAUUCAUGAAUAUUGUCAGGUGGAAUUUUUUUGUCCUGUUUGAUACUUUUUGAUCUGAGGGUCUGGUGCUCUUGAUUCCCUGAUUCUUAAAGAGGCGGGGAUGAUCCUAAUCUGAGAACCAAUAAGAUUGGAAAUCAUAUGUAUUACAGAUGGUCAGUGUUUAAGAGAACGUGCAAGAACCCUAUUGUUUAGUGGAACAUGUAGAAGUACCGAUCUAUUCUUAACUCCUUCCAACUUUGCCAUGGUUUGUUAUUGUUAUCAUUCAAGUUUCAACAAAUUAGGCAAUUGCAUUGCAUUAUUAUGGCUCAGUGUUUGAAAUGAAUAUCUUACGUUGUCAUUUGAGCCAAAUUUUUGGGGAUGAAUAGAUGAUGUCCAUAUUACCGAUU